GACCGUCCAAGCGGCUAACGAGCUGCCGAAGAUAAAGGUAAAAGCUUAAAACGGCUCAAAGCUUUUGGAGGAUCCGUCAUCUUUGUUAUUAUUUUAUUCAGAGCGACGACGACAUGAGAUUUUGCAUUUUUGGCUCAGUGUGAUAUCUCCUUUUAGCUUUCACUGAAGUUUGGAAUCAUAAUUAUUUCUUAGAAACUUAUUAAGAUCUUUUCAAAGAAAAUUGGCGAUCCAUUUCUUAUUACACUAAACUGUUUUACAUUUCCAUUCUUAAUUUCAGAUAUCAAAGUUACACACUACAAUGUAAUCUCAGCAAUACGUACAUCUGGCCGAUGGAAAAGAGAUAAUGAAGUACAAGCUCAAUACUGAAUUUUCAAUUAGAGCCAAUUUUCACAUAUUCAUUACACAUUAUUCAAAGAUAGAAGUUAAAAGGAGAAAAAUUAAUUCUUGGCUAUUACGCUACCUUUAUCCUUAGAAAUAUGAAUCCAAUUAUCUCGGUAAAAAAGUUCGGGGCUCAGGCUUCAGUCAGCAGUGGGUGAAAUACCUGCGAGUCGUGCCGUUGUCAUUCAGUCACAGCGAGUCGGGGACACAACAUACAAAUUACGUAAUGGUUACCAGCACCUGCAGGUUCUCUCUCAGGUGGCUCACAGAGUCCUCUGUCAGGACAAUGGCGUCUGUCAGGAAGAUGUCCAACUUGAUGGAACCUUCAAGCGUUGUCCACGACCACCACAAUAUGGAAUUUUACAUCAAGUUGGGGAGAAAUAAGGCAUUCCUACAGUACGAUAUCAUGGAUACAGCAACUAAAGCUGUAGACCUUCAGCAUACUGUUGUUCCUGAAGCAUUUAGGGGUCAAGGCAUUGGUAAAGUUCUUGCAAAGGCAGCAUUUGAGCACUUCAUAGCAAAUAAUCAACAGAUGAAGCUGACAUGUUGGUAUCUUAAAAAAUACUACCAGGAGAACCCUCUUCCACAGUACCAAGAGAAAGUGUUGAUGGAGUGACAAAAAUUUUCGUAAACUGUACAUGCAUACAGUAUACAGUACUAUGUUAAGGUUUUAACUGUUGUUCAAGUUAACAAAGGUACAGGUAUGUGAUCAAUAUUUUAGUCGAUGUAACUGAAUGUUGCUACUGAUUUUAUAAGUAAAGUUUGUGCGUGCAUAUUUCAACUGCCUCACCUAAAUAUAUCACUUAUUAGGUUGUGGCACACUAGAGAUUCUUAGCAUAUAUACCAACCAGGUGUCAUAGAUGAAUGGCCAAAGAAUGAAGACAAUAUAGCAGUGAAUUACAUUGUAGUUUAUAAUAAACUGUACAGCAUAUCAGCAACUUGUUGGUAUUCACUUACUGUAAUAGCUUUUACCAAAUAUAUCGGUAUAUUUUUUGUACUGUACACAAUAUAUUUAUAAUAAAUGAUUGUGAUGAA